CACGCACAUCCAUCCAUAUACUCCUAUUAUCGCUGCAAACCGAGAGAUCAUUCAUUCAGAAUUCUCCCCCAGACAGCUGAACAGAGGACCAGUGGAGUAAUGAAGGGCCCAGUGGCUGUGGUUCUGAUGCUGUUACUAAAUAGACAGUUAGUCACAGCAAGAGUUCUCAAACAGACGGAGCCAAGAAAUUAUGACUAUACCAUGUACCACCCUCUGACUGAAAUCAUGGCUUGGAUGAGGAAGAUUGAAACUGAGAACCCUGAGAUAGUGUCCACCAUUACCUAUGGGACAUCCUAUGAGAACAGAGACAUCACAUUGCUCAAGAUUGGCCUGAAUUCCACUGAAAACAAAAAGGCCAUCUGGAUGGACUGUGGUAUCCAUGCCAGAGAAUGGAUCUCCCCGGCUUUCUGCCAAUACUUUGUCAAAGAGAUACUCCACACUUACAAAACCGACGCCAAGGUGGAGGAGAUGCUCAAGAACCUGGAUUUCUACGUCACCCCUGUGCUGAAUGUGGAUGGCUACACAUACACUUGGAAAGACAAUACGACUCGGCAGUGGAGGAAAAACAGAUCACCAGGCACGGGCAGUUGUAUUGGAACAGACCUCAACCGUAACUAUGAUUUCCUGUGGGGGACCAUUGGUGUGUCUACAGACUCUUGCUCCAUCAUCUACCCUGGUCCCAAGGCCAAUUCAGAGAAUGAGACCAGGGCUGUGGUGAACUUUGUGGGGGCAAGGAGUAAAGACAUCCUCUGCUUCCUGACCAUCCACUCGUUUAGCCAGAUGAUCCUCUUCCCUUACGGCCAUCCUAACAUUAAGGACCCCAACUACGAUGAGCUGACAGAGCUGGUGAACACUGCAGCCAAAGCCAUAAAGGCAGUCCAUGGAAUGAACUACACAGUGGGUUCCGUCACAGAAACAAUAUACCCAACAGGAGGCUUGUCCAUGGACUGGGCUCGCUUCAUCGGUAUCCCCUACUCCUUUGCCUUCGAGCUGAGGGAUAAAGGUGAGCACGGCUUCAAACUCCCAGAGGACCAGAUUCAGCCCACCUGUGAGGAGGCCUAUGAGGGAGCUCGCUCCAUCAUCACCUACGUCCAUGACAAGACCUUCCACAGUUCUGCUGUUAGCGUAAGGGCAACUCUGUGGACAGCACUGCUGGCCUCAUGGCUCACUAGCACCGCUCUGCUGUAAAGGAGGGGAAGUGAAUACAGUUUUUGCUCAUUGCUUAGGGAUUCCCAAACUGUAGUGGUAGGCUACGCGAGCUGCCACUAGUGGGUACGCCAGAUGAAAAGGGCAAUGUCUGAAAGGCGUUAAAAAUGAUUAAUUAAUUAAUAAUCUAAUUAAUUCAUAAAUAACUAAUACUUUCGAAUUGGGUUAUAAUGAUAUGGAAACUUGAAAUUAAAGGAAAUAAUUUGUAAACUCUAUAGUAGGCUAGGCUAUGUUUUCAUUAAAAAAAUAGGCUACCCACAUGCACGUGAUUUCCUUUGGGCAGCCAGAUUAUCUGGCGUUAGUUUCGUGGAAGUGUAGGCUAGGUAUAAGGCUACGCAAACAUGGAAAACGGGGACACUGUCCAAAAGGCCUAAUUAAAGCAAUUGAAGAGGAGAAGCGAGAGAAACGGGGGGGAUGAAGCCUAGGCCUAUGAUGAGGCAUAUAGGCCUAGGCUUCACGUUAUUUGGGAGACAGACUCCCCAAAGCCAGUGUGUGGUUUACUGUGGGAUGCUAUCUAACCAGUCUAAUGUUGUUCUCCACACUGUGAGAGCUCAUAGACCAGUUCAUGUUUAUCAUACAUUUAUCAUGUAGGGUGGCUAAUUAAACAUGAUGCCUGGAAUGUGUCAAUAGAAUGUUACUUUUUUAUGUGUCGGAUGGUGGGGGUACGCAAGCCGAGUCAGGAUGUAGCCUACUGUAGAAGGUGGUCCGCGGGAAAAAAGUUUGGGAACCGCUUAGACUAAAAAUGUAUGCUUACACCAAAGCCCCAAAACCUAAACUUGUAAUCAUACCUUAAACACAGUGUAACCAUAUGUAAAACACAUUUUCUUCUUUGAACUUUGUUUGUAAUUCUACAACAUGCAACACUGUUUACAUAGAUGCUUUGUUCAAGCAUGGUAUCUCUUGCAAUCAUUAAGAAAACAAUUCUAUUCCAACUGCAAAACACAUCUGAUAAUUGGAAAUACCCACACUCAGCUGAAAUCAAUUACACAGAAAACUGAACACCUAUCAGUCUGAGCCUUAACACUACAAAUAGACCUCAGAAAAGUCAUUGUGUAGGCCUACCUGU